AUGGCUUGCCGCGAUGAGGCNCCUUACCGUCCUCAGGAUACCCAUGAGGUGUCUGAGAUGAUCCGCGGCCUGACCAGCCAUAUCAAAGGCAAUGGUGGAAAAGGCGGUUUCUCAUGCAAAAAGGCUACCUUUGACGUAGCGCACUCAAACAUCAAGGUCGAUUCCUGGAAAAUGCAAGACUGGGAUUACAAGAAGCCCAAUCUUCCCACUUACGCCAGAGGUCUUUUCACAACCACAAACUCAAAGGGUCAGCCUGAGAUUGUUACCAGAGGAUACGACAAGUUCUUCAACCACGGCGAGGUCAGGAAGACUGAGUGGAGAAAUGUCGAGCAAAACACAAGAGGUCCUUACGAGCUCAGUGUCAAGGAAAACGGUUGUAUCAUCUUCCUGUCUGGUCUCGAGGAUGGCUCUCUUUUGGUCUGCAGCAAGCAUUCGACUGGUGCCCGCGAUGACACAGGUAUCAGUCAUGCAAUGGCCGGCGAGAAGUGGGUUGACAGACACCUUGCUUCUGUCGGAAAGUCGAAGAAGGACCUGGCUGCCAAGCUUCGCGCCAUGAAUGCAACUGCUGUUGCCGAAUUGUGUGACGAUGAAUUCGAAGAGCACGUCCUGGCAUACAACCCUGAAACUGCUGGUCUCUACCUCCAUGGAAUCAAUCUCAAUCUUCCCGAGUUCGUCACAUAUCCCCAUCACCUUGUCGACAGGUUCGCAUCCGAGUGGGGUUUCAAGCAAACUAUGUUCAUCACAGAGACCGACAUCACUAAGGUCAAGUCCUUCUUGGACAAGGUUGCAGAGACUGGAAGUUACCACGGCAGAGAGACCGAGGGCUUUGUUGUCAGAUGCCAGGCCCGCGAGACUCCCGACACACCAUUUGAGGACUGGUUCUUCAAGUACAAAUUCGAGGAACCCUACCUGAUGUACAGACAGUGGAGAGAAUGUACGAAAGCCAUCAUCGCCAAACGACAGCCCAGAUUUAAGAAGCACAAGGACAUUACCGAAGAAUACCUUCAUUACGCUCGCAAACGACUAAAGGAAGACCCCAAUCUCGGAAAGGAGUAUAACCAGAACCAUGGGAUCAUUAAGCUUAGAGACGACUUUUUGGCGGAACGUGGCCUGAAAGGCUCUGACAUAAUACGUCAGGAGCUUGAGAAGGGCGAUCAGCACGGUAUGGGCAUCGAUCGCAAUGUUGUACUUGUUCCUGUUGCCACUAUCGGUUGUGGCAAGACUACUGUCGCUCUUGCACUGUGUAAGCUCUUCGGAUGGGGUCACAUACAAAACGACAACAUCACUCAGAAGCCCAAGCCUCAGAGAUUUGCUCAAGCGAUCUGUGACGGUCUUGUGGAUUAUCCAGUCAUGAUUGCCGACAGAAACAACCACCAGCGCCGUGAGAGAAAACAGAUCUUCGAUGAUGUGUCAAAAACUGUCCCUCAGGCACACUUCGUUGCUCUUAAUUACGUUCACGACCGCGCCAACUACGAUCAAAUCAAGCAGGCUACACGGGAGCGUGUGCUGAGCAGAGGAGACAACCACCAGACCAUCCAGGCUGGCUCAAAGGGACAACACGAGAUCAUUGGUAUCAUGGACGGCUUCAUGCAACGUUUCGAGCCAGUGAGAAUUGAGCGUGAGCCUGAUAACUCCUUCGAGCAUGUCAUCGAUCUUGAUGUGGCGGCUUCUUCACGCGAAAACCUGGAGACUGUUGUCUCACAGCUCAACGCAGAGUUCCCCAAGCUCUUUGGCUCGAUGCCUUCCGGUGAGAAUCUUGACAAAGCAAUCGAAGCGGCACUCAACGACUACAAGCCUGAUAUCAAGCACGAAAUCAGUGGAAGCAACAAGUUCAAGAACAAGGCCCUCCAGCGCGGUCCCAAUGGAACUAAUGGACAGCCGACACAGAAAGCCGCCAAGCUUGAGUAUUUCAGUGCAACACUGGAUCCCGAGCGUGUUGUAAGCAUUCUUGACGCAGUCUUCCGCGAUGCAGACCACGUCACUGCAAACACAUAUCGCGUAUUGCAGUCACAGAAGCGGGUCCAGUCCGAGUUUCAUGUCACAUUGAUGCAUCGCGCAUCUGCUUCUCAGAACAAGGAUUACUGGGAGCAGCUGACUGAAGCUCACACAGCCGCCGCAAGCAAGCCCAACGCUGCACCGGAACCAGUUCUCGGCAGCUGCAAAGUGUUACUCGAACGUCUUGUCUGGGACGGAAGACUGAUGUGUUUUGUCGUUCGCAUGAUUCCUGAUGAAAUGGACCAGAGCGGUAUGCAAUGGCGCAGCGUCAACGGAACUGCACACAUUACAGUCGGCACUGUCAGCCCUGAUGUGAAGCCCAAGGAGAGCAAUGACUUGUUGAAGAAGUGGCUGCACUCUGGAAGUGGCGGUAGCACCGGUAUCGGCGAGAUCACUAUCAAGGGUCAUGUUGAGCUGCCUGCCACUGUGAAGAGUGUUCUGCAGAAGUAUUGA